GAAUAUCCUACUGCUUGAACUUCCACCAGUCCAUGGAUAAUCGGUCUGAAAUCUUUGAAUUUGUUCUGCUUGGAUUCCCAGGAAUUGGGGAGAAGUUUCACACCCCGGUCUCCAUAGCUCUGUUCCUGGUCUACCUCACGUCCUUAUUCUCCAACGGCACAGUAAUAGCACUGAUCGCCUGCAACCGACACCUGUAUCAACCGAUGUACGUGGUCAUCUUCAACCUUGCCAUCUCUGACUUGCUGUUUGAUACCGUGGCCCUGCCCAAGAUCCUGGCCAAGUAUUGGUUUGAUGAUGGGUCCAUCUCCUACGCUGGAUGCAUCUUCCAAUUGUUUUGUGCCCACUUCCUCGGGAGCUUUGAUUCCUACAUCCUCUUACUGAUGGCCAUUGACCGGUAUGUUGCCAUAUGCAAACCCCUGAGGUACCCAUCAAUAAUCAACAAUCGGCGUACCAUCUUCAUCUGCUGCGGCUUGUGGUUCUUCACAUGUCUCAUCGGGUUAACAAUCGCUCUUCUCGACGCCGGUGUAGAAAUGUGUGGGCAGGAAAUUACGAGCUGCUUUUGCACUAACUUGAGAGUCUUGUCCUUGGCCUGCGAUGACGUGACCUCCAUAAAGCGUACCACAUUUUGCAUCGCCAUGUUCGUUCUUCUCUUGCCUCUGGUCCUUAUCUUGUUCUCCUACGGGGUCAUCAUCCGGGUCAUCAUCACGCAGACCCACCCUGCGAGUCGGAGGAGAGCCUAUUACACAUGUGCCACCCAGUUGAGCGUUAUUUGUCUAUAUUUUAUCCCGCGGAUAUUCGUGUCUGUGGCCCACCAAGUCAAGUUGAUCCUCAAUGAAGAUGUGAACGUCCUUAUCCUCUGCUUGUACACGUUCGUACCGCACAUGGCUAACCCCAUCAUUUACUGUCUGAGGACUAAGAAGAUUAGAAGGACCCUGAAGAACCUCAUCAAAAGGAGGAUACUGGUGAAGAACGCACGAAUUCCAGCCGUCAAUGUCAUUACAAACUCAGAUCACCUUUAA